CUGUGUUUUUGUGAAUCAAGAAUUUCACCUGAAAUUUUAAGUGGGUUUGUUUCUACGGUAAGAACUCUGUUGGUUUUGACCAUGGAGUUUCUGGACGAGGACGCUAGACCCAGAUUCCUCCUCCAAUCCAAGCCGCUACCUCAAUCUCCGGCCGGCGGCGGCGGCGGCGGCGGCGGCGGAGAAUCAGAUCAAGGAACAACGUCUCUGCAUCUGCCGACUGUCUUCAUCUCCCUCUCCAUCUCCAUCCCGGUUCUUGCCCUCGCCCUACUCCACUUCACCUCCGAACCCCUCAAUUCCAUCCUCUUAUGGCUCUCCAUUUCCCUCCUCAUCGGCCCGUUUGCGCCCCUCUCCGUCACCGCCGGCGACAUCCGGGUCGGCCUCGGCCCUCCCGUCCAGCUCGACGAUCCCGCCGAUUCCGAGCCCGAAAUCCGGAAAUCCAGUAAGAAAUCAGCCAAACCCUUCAGGAAAUCCGUCCAAUCCGAAUCCCUAUCCGGAUCGGCCCCAACUGGUUCCGAACCCGAACCCGAACGGAUCAAUUCCUUUGCGGGGAAAUCAAAGAAAGAGGAAAGGGUGGCGCCGGAGGAGAAGGAUUGGAGCGAAGGAGAUGUCGAACUGUUGAAGAAACUGUUAGGGAAGCAUCCGGUGGGGAAGCCGGGGAGAUGGGAGGCGAUCGCGGAGGGGUUCAACGGGAGGCACAGAGUGGAGGGGGUGAUCAAGCAGGCGAAAGAAUUGGGGGAGAAGAAGGCGAACAAUGCUUCGGAUUCGUACCAGAAGUUCCUGAAAGACAGAAAGCAAAUCGACAGCCAAGAAAGAGGAGGGGAUGGUUCGGAGGAGGAGGCAAAGGGAGAAGACGAAAGCGGUGGCGGGGGGUGGACGGGCGGGGAGGAUUUGGCACUGCUCAAUGCACUGAAGGCGUUCCCCAAGGAGGCGGCGAUGAGGUGGGAGAAGAUCGCCACCGCCGUGCCCGGGAAAGGAAAGGCUGCUUGUAUGAGGAGAGUGAGUGAGUUGAAAAGGGAUUUCAGGAGCUCCAAGGCUGCUGCAUCCUCUGCUGUUGAGGCUUGAGGUUCUUUGCUUAGGGCGUGUUUGGAUGGAUGGAGGGGAACACAUUUGAAUAUUUGAUUCAUAGCAUUUUUAGGGCUGAUUUCUCUGCAUCUCUUCCAAACACACCUUCAAGAGAGGCACUACAAGAUAUAGUACUCGGUAUGAUGUAGUCUGUCAGAUUAUACUCUCUUUUUUUUAGUCUUUUUCAUUUUAAUUAUUUGAAUACUCUUGAGAUGAAAUGCAUUACUCCCUAAUUUUUAUUAUGUCUCCAAUAAGACUCUUUCCUGCUG